CAAAUCUGAAUUAAAUUAACUUAACUGAAAUAACUGCACUGGUGUUAACAUACAUUAACAUGCAUGCCUGUUACGUUUUCAUUUACCCUCAGCUUGUGCAUAUUUUUGUCUGUUUUUGUUCGCCCCAUCCCCACCAAGGAAAGAGACGCUGGUGCAGUAGCUGUAGGAGAGCUAGAUGUAGACCCCCCGCACCCCUCCUCCGCCCAGCCCGGCUUCGACAGCGACGACAAUUAUACUUUGAGUGACCAAGAUUAUUACGAAGACCGCGAAGAAACUACUGACUCCGCACCUUGGGAAAAGCGCUAUGAAAAACUCUGGGUAGAUGUUGAAAAAAGAGAAGUUAAAACCACAUAUAAAAGUGUCACGGCAGAAUUAAAGGCAAGAUUUGGAGAGCUUUUUAAAUCUAGACGUAGUGGAACAGACGAUGACGAGGAGGAAGAAGAAGAAGAAGAAGAAGAAAAGGAGAAGUAUGAACCAGCACCAGAGACAUCCAGUGACGAAGAUGAGGGAGAUGUUGUAGUUAGGCCCAUAGCAAGAGCACGACAAACUAGUCGACUUUUAACUAUACCAGAGCAAAGAGAGUCAGGCUUAGAGGACUCAGAAUCGGCUGAUAACUCAGUGUGUGAACAAGUCUCGAACAACUCCAGGUAUGAGCAAGGUGACCCAGAAGAGGAUGAUGAGAAAGGGGAGGCCAGUUCACCAUCGCCGCGACCUAGAAAAAUCACAACUGCUAGUGAAGGUAGCAGCUUUGCACAACUAGUCCCCCAGGAUUUCACAGAAGAGAAUCAGGCCAGGACAGCUUCACCAUCUCCUACAGAAGAUGGUGCUGUUUCUCCAGAAGAUUAUAGGCCUUCAUCACCACCACUAUUACAAGACAAUGCCCCAAAAGCAGAUUUAAAUGUGAACGACGAAGCUGAAAUAUAAAACGAGAUGAAGAGUUUGAAGAUGUGUCCAAACAAAGCAGUAGUAGUAGUAGUUGUAAUAGCAGAAUCACGGAGAACAGAGUAGUUUCUCCACCCCAUUUAGAAGCAACAGUUGCAACUACUUCUGUUGCAAAUGAACAAGAGGAAUAUCAGACUUCAUUAACAAGCUUAAAAGAAGCUAUUAAACUGGAUCACUCACCUGACA